UGUUGAAGGGGGUAGUGAGUGGAAAAUUGAGAAUGAGUGAAUGUAAUUUAGUAGCAGAAAAAGUGUGGAAGGAAAUUGAAUCUACACACAGAGUGAAUGAUGAUCAACUUUAUAUUUUACAUUUUUUGUUUGGUAAGAACUUUGAGGGAGCUUCUAGAAUAGUUGAUCAAAGAGGUGUUAAGAGGAUUUCUGGUGAACCAAGUGGAAGGUUUAUCUUUCAGGUUACAGGGGAAUCACGGAAAAAAGACCAGUAUCUGUGUUUUGCAGAAAACUUUUGUGCAUGUUAUUCUUUCUUCUAUGAUGUUGUCAACAGAGGGGAACAGCUAUGUUGCAAACAUCAAUUAGCUGCGAGACUUGCUGCAUCGUUGGGAUCGUACGUCGAAGUUAAGGUAUCUGAUGAAGAUCUAGCUUUGCUGCUUUCCAAAAUAUAGCACUAGCGUUUUUGUUUUUAUUUCAUGUUUAAGAAAACGAAGAUCUUGCUUUGUGGAAACUAGAUUAGACAAAGAACAUUUCUUUACUGUUAAAGAAAAGUGUGAUUAGAGAUUACGAGAAUAUAACAUGUUCGAUUAAAUUUAAGAUUAAUAGAA